AAUAAGAGUGCUUAAAUACUAAAGCAGAACAAUUUAUUUAUUUUUGGCGACAGCGGCAAAAGAAGCGUUUAUUCCCUACAAUUCGGCGGCACUUAUAUGUAUGUACAUAUGUACGUACAUACUUUCUUAAAUUGUGUUCAUCGGCAGCUGCAAAAAAAAACAACAACAACAAAAACUACAUACUUAUGUAUGUGUAUAAAGGAAAUAAUACUAAAAGCAUAGCGCUAAUGCCAACAAACAUAUUGUUAAAACAAAAGACAUUCUAAAUGCAGGGCGAGGAAACCUAAUUAAUAAAAAGGACAAGGAAUAUUAUCAAAACCAUUUUUUAUUUACUUUUGUUUGUUUAAUAACAAGUGCUGCCCCUCACAAACACCAAUAGGCCCACACAUUUCACACAACGAUAGCGUCAGUUUGUGCAGAUUUCGUUUGUUGUUGCUUUCACUGGUGGUGUUUUGUUUGACGUACGGCGUAUAUACUGUUCAACUGUCAUGGCCGGCAAUGGAGAAGCGUCUUGGUGCUUCUCACAAAUUAAAGGAGCCUUAGAUGAUGACGUCACAGAUGCAGAUAUUAUAUCCUGCGUUGAAUUUAAUCACGACGGGGAGUUGCUGGCUACUGGCGAUAAAGGCGGUCGUGUCGUAAUAUUUCAGCGUGAUCCCGCCUCGAAAACAGCUAAUCCACGUCGCGGAGAAUACAAUGUUUAUUCCACUUUUCAAUCUCACGAGCCGGAAUUCGAUUAUCUAAAAUCGUUGGAAAUUGAAGAGAAAAUCAAUAAAAUACGUUGGCUGCAACAAAAAAAUCCUGUACACUUUCUGUUGUCUACAAAUGACAAAACGGUGAAAUUAUGGAAAGUCAGUGAGCGCGAUAAGUCCUUUGAAGGCUAUAACACAAAAGAGGAGAACGGUCUGAUUAGAGAUCCACAAAAUGUAACAGCCUUACGAGUUCCUUCAGUGAAGCAAAUACCACUUAUGGUCGAGGCUUCACCCCGUCGCACCUUUGCCAACGCGCACACAUACCACAUUAAUUCAAUUAGUGUUAAUUCUGACCAAGAGACUUUUCUAUCUGCAGAUGAUUUGCGUAUAAAUCUUUGGCACCUGGAGGUAGUUAACCAGAGUUAUAAUAUUGUUGACAUUAAGCCAACUAAUAUGGAGGAGCUUACCGAGGUUAUAACCGCGGCCGAAUUUCAUCCGACUGAGUGCAAUGUAUUUGUGUACUCUAGUUCAAAGGGCACAAUACGACUAUGUGAUAUGCGCUCGGCGGCAUUAUGCGACCGACAUAGCAAACAAUUCGAGGAACCGGAAAAUCCAACUAAUCGCAGCUUCUUUAGUGAGAUUAUCAGUUCGAUCAGCGAUGUCAAGCUCAGCAACUCGGGUCGUUACAUGAUCUCCAGGGAUUACUUAAGCAUCAAAGUUUGGGAUUUGCAUAUGGAAACAAAACCCAUUGAAACGUAUCCGGUACACGAGUACUUGCGUGCCAAGCUGUGCUCUCUGUACGAGAAUGAUUGCAUUUUUGAUAAGUUCGAGUGUUGUUGGAAUGGCAAGGACAGCGCCAUAAUGACCGGCAGCUAUAAUAAUUUUUUCCGUGUUUUUGAUCGGAACUCAAAAAAGGACGUUACACUGGAAGCCUCCAGGGACAUUAUUAAGCCGAAAACUGUGUUGAAGCCCCGCAAGGUUUGCACUGGUGGCAAACGAAAGAAGGACGAAAUCAGCGUUGAUUGUCUGGAUUUUAAUAAGAAAAUACUGCACACCGCUUGGCAUCCGCAUGAGAAUAUCAUCGCUGUGGCGGCGACCAAUAAUCUGUUCAUUUUUCAGGAUAAAUUUUAGCCAACACCAAUUGCAUUAAGUACCCUGCAAGUCUUCGUUCGAUUGGUUUAAAAAUGUAGCCCUUGCAACUACUUCGUCAUCAACGUUUCAUAUACAAUUAGUUGUACUGCUAUUUUCUUUUCAAUUUAGUAUGUGCAACUGCACUAAUAAUUGCUUACUUUUUAAAGCUAUCUGUCUUCUACAUCAAGUCGGCAUUACACAUACCCUUUUUUACACAAACAAUGCACACUCAUAAAAGCAAUAGAUACUACUUUUUUCUUAGGCAAUACAACUAUUCUACACAUGGUAUUGAACAUUAAAAAUUCAUUUUGGAUCGUAAUUGGAAAUAAACUAAAAAC